UUCCUCUCGCUACUAUCUUUCUCUGAUUUGCAGUUCUGCUUCCACGCCAUAAUGUAUUACUCCAGACUUCUCCUUGCUGGCCCCCUCCUUGCUUUCUUCUUUUCUGCAUUUGCCGCUCCGCAUCCCGAUGAGCUACCCAAGAACAAGGCCCGUGGUGGCUAUGACAAUCAUGCAAUGAACAGACAGAGAGCAGAUGCAGUCAAGGAGGCAUUUACCUAUGCUUGGGACGGAUAUUACAAAUAUGCCUUCCCCCAUGAUGAGUUGAAACCUGUUACCAAUAACUUCAGUGAUUCAAGGUGAACUUUCCUAAUUUCAAUCCUUUGCGGAGACUAAUUGGCCAUCAGAAAUGGAUGGGGAGCCACGGCCAUAGACGCAUUGAGCACAGCAUUGCUGAUGCAAAUUCCGGAUAUUGUAAACGAUAUUGUCGAUUACAUUCCCACCAUCAAGUUCGACCAAACCGCAGACGAAAUAUCACUCUUUGAAACCACAAUUAGAUAUCUAGGAGGACUUUUGUCUGGUAUUCUCUUCUAAUUCUAACUUGUACGUAAAUUGCUCAAUAUUGUACAGGUUAUGACUUGCUCAACGGACCAUUGGCACAUCUCGUCAAAAAUAAAACCGCCGUUGAUGCUAUCCUCGUCCAGGCAGAGCGUCUCGGUAACAAUCUUGCAUUUGCUUUCAACACGCCAACCGGAAUUCCCAGUAACAGCUUGUUUUAUAACCCAUCAAGAAUUGGUCCAGGCACAACAAAUGGCUUGGCUACCACCGGAACACUUGUGAUGGAAUGGACUAGACUGGCUGACCUUACUGGAAAUAAGACCUUUGCAGACUUGGUACAAAAGGGUGAAUCAUAUCUUUUGGAUCCCAAUCCAAAGUCACUAGAACCAUGGCCUGGACUAGUAGGAAUGAACAUUGAUUUCAAUACCGGACUCUUCCAAGAUGCCUUUGGAGGCUGGGUUGGUGGAGCUGACAGCUUCUAUGAGUACCUUAUUAAGAUGUAUGUGUAUGACACAACACGAUUUGCAUCAUACAAAGAUCGCUGGGUACUCGCAGCAGACUCAUCAAUCGCUCAUCUUGCCACUCAUCCUACCAGCCGUCCUGAUUUGACCUUUUUGUCCGUGUUCAAUGGCCGGAAUCUCAUCCAUGAAUCUCAGCAUCGUAAGUACAUUUUUUCUGAUCUAAAAAUUCUGCUAAAGAACAUCCCAAGUUGCCUGCUUCGACGGUGGGAAUUUCAUUCUCGGCGGUCUCGUCUUGAAAGAACAAAAAUACAUAGACUUCGGUCUCCAACUCGUCGACGCAUGCGAAGACACCUACACCGCAACAGCAACUGGCAUCGGACCAGAAUCCUUCCGUUGGAUAACUAACAACACCAACACGUCGGAUCCCAACAACCCGCCCGUCCCCGCUGAUCAACAAGCUUUCUACGACAAGGCAGGUUUCUACAUCACUGACUCAUACUACGUUCUUCGUCCUGAAGUCAUUGAGAGUUUCUACUAUGCCUAUCGAGCCACGGGUGAUCAGAAGUACCGCGAGUGGGCCUGGACUGCGUUCGUGGCGAUCAAUGGGACGGCGAGAACGGGCAGUGGAUUUGCGGAGCUGAAGAAUGUUAAUGUGGUGGGUGGUGGGGGAUUUGAGGACUUCCAGGAUAGCUUUCUGUUUGCGGAGGUGUUGAAGUAUAGUCACUUGAUUCAUGCGCCGGUAUGUCUUUUUAUCUCUCCUUUCUCUCUUCCAAUCCUUUGCUGGUCUCUAUUUGUUUUAUAGUCCCUGUUUCCUUCCUGCUUCACCAUGAAAUAGAACACCGGCUUACUUGACCUUUCUUUACAGGAUAAUGUUUGGCAAGUGGAACAUAACGGUGUCAAUGAAUGGGUCUUUAACACCGAGGCUCAUCCCUUCAAGGUUGUCGGACCUCAUGUCUGAGCUUGAUCCUCCAAGCGCGGGUUUGCGACUCGUUGCUAAGGAAUGAACGGACGAGGCAGAGUGGAGUAAUUGAUUUGUUAAUAAGCGACGACUUACUUUUUUUGGAGUAUGGGUCUGAUACCGACCUUUUGGGAUACAGCACAAGAUAAUAAUGAAUGAAGAAAAAUC